AAAUAAAGUUGGAACCUUUCUCUGUCACACACUCUUCUUCGUCGUCUCUCUCUCUCUAGAGAAACUAGAAAACCAGUAUUUUUCUAGAGAGAGAAAGCUUUCGAUCUUUUUUUCGAAUUUAUUUAUUUUGGGGAAGACAAGAGGAAGAUGUUGAAGGUUUCGUGCAAUGCGGCGGAACAAGUUCACUCCCUAGCCCAAUGCCGAUUCUUCGGUCCGCCAAAGUCCAAGCCCAGGCCCGUUUUCACUCGCCGGAGAGUUGGCGUCUCAUUCUGUAAUCCGACGACUAAAAGUCCCGUUCUUGCAGUGGUUUCCGACCGGAGUGGUGGUGCUGAAGGUGCCACGGCCCAGGUCGACACUGGGUUGGGGAGUUUGGCGGACCGGUUGAGACUUGGGAGCUUAACCGAAGAUGGGUUGUCGUAUAAGGAGAAGUUUAUUGUGCGCUGCUAUGAAGUUGGGAUUAACAAGACUGCUACGGUCGAGACCAUCGCUAAUCUCUUACAGGAGGUCGGAUGCAACCAUGCUCAGAGUGUUGGGUUUUCAACUGACGGUUUUGCAACUACAACCACCAUGAGGAAAUUGCAUCUCAUAUGGGUUACUGCUCGAAUGCACAUUGAAAUCUAUAAAUACCCUGCUUGGAGUGAUGUGGUUGAAAUAGAAACAUGGUGCCAAAGUGAAGGUAGAAUUGGAACUAGACGUGAUUGGAUUUUAAAGGACUACGCCACUGGUGAAGUCAUUGGAAGAGCAACAAGCAAGUGGGUGAUGAUGAAUGAAGACACCAGACGACUUCAGAAAGUGAGCGAUGAUGUCCGAGAUGAGUACUUGGUAUUUUGUCCUCGAGAACUUAGAUUAGCAUUUCCAGAGCAGAACAAUAGCAGCUUACGGAAAAUACCAAAAUUGGAAGAUCCAGCCGAGUACCACACGCAGGGGCUUGUGCCCCGCAGAGCUGAUUUCGACAUGAACCAGCAUGUUAAUAAUGUAACUUACAUUGGUUGGGUCCUCGAGAGCAUACCUCAAGAAACCAUCGAUAGCCAUGAAUUGCAGUCUAUCACUUUAGAUUAUAGACGGGAGUGUCAACAUGACGACAUAGUUGAAUCUCUUACUAGCGUGGAAGCGAUCGAGGAAAGGGAUUCGAUCCAUUCUCUUAAUGGAACUAAUGGUUCCGCUGCAGUAGCAGAAAACAAACAACAAUAUUGCAGGCAGUUUCUGCAUUUACUGAGAUUGUCAGGCGACGGGCUUGAAAUAAAUCGCGGCCGAACUGAGUGGAGAAAGAAGUCUCCAAGGUGAUCAAAUAAUCUACCCAGCUCCAUAAUCUUAUCUUGGUUUCAUCAUCAGCCUCCCAUAUGAAGAAUAAUAUAGGCUUCUCCCUACUCUUUACCUUGGCCUCAUCAGCUCUCAGCUCCUUCUUAUUUUCCUUCUUAUCUUAUUCCGGGAUUUUGCUUUCAACUUGUGGUUUCCAAUAGGAGUUAGGUUAUCAAGUUUUUGUCCUCUUACUGAUAGAGAUCAUUAGAUCUGAAGUCCACUGAGCAAGAGAAAUGAUUUGAUAUACCGCUCAAACUGGAUGAAAUAUUUAUUUGUUUUGUUAUAGUGGUUUAUAUGUGAAGCUCUGAACUUUGUUUCUGUAA